CAAUUUCUUGCUGUAGCCACCUUCACCUACCUCCUUCUUCUUCUUCUGCUGCUUCCUUCUUGGCGGACUCUCCUAAGCAAAGCAAAGCAAAGCAAACCCUCUCUCUCUCUCUCUUCUCUGAUCCGGAUCUAAACCAAAAUGCAGAGCUGUGCCUUCUCUCCCUCCAUAUCAGUUCCAAAAUCGAGAAGAAUUUCUUCACAUACCACUACUCACCACACAUUUGAUCCUAUCUCGGUAUCUCCGUCUCCCAGAUCUCUAUCUUUCACCUCAAGCUAUGCCUCCCUUACCUCCUUGCCUCGACGUAUACCGUCGAUCCGUUGCUCCUCCUCCUCGCGACUGAAUGCCUGGAUAUCGACUCCUCCGCCUCUUCCGGAGCGGGAACAUGACACUCUCCAGGUUACUGCGGCGUCGGCGUCUGAAAGCGUGGGUGAGACUGAGAAGUCGGACAGUAUAGCCAGCACUUUGCAGCUUGGAGCUCUGUUUGGAAUGUGGUACCUGUUCAAUAUAUACUUCAACAUAUAUAACAAGCAGGUUCUCAAAGUGUUUCCAUUUCCAAUAACUGUCACCACGGUUCAGUUUGCUGUUGGAUCUGUACUUGUUAUCUUAAUGUGGACCUUGAACCUCUACAAAAGGCCAAAGAUUAGCGGGGCACAGCUUGUAGCUAUUUUGCCACUGGCAAUUGUUCACACCUUGGGCAACCUUUUUACAAAUAUGAGCCUUGGAAAAGUAGCUGUUUCUUUCACUCAUACCAUUAAAGCAAUGGAGCCAUUUUUCUCAGUUAUCCUUUCUGCUAUGUUCCUGGGGGAGAUGCCUUCCCCUUGGAUUGUUGCUUCACUUUUACCUAUUGUUGGAGGAGUUGCAUUGGCAUCAAUGACAGAAGCCUCUUUUAAUUGGGCAGGAUUUUGGAGUGCGAUGGCCUCUAACGUGACCAAUCAAUCUCGUAAUGUUCUUAGCAAAAAGUUCAUGGUGAAAAAAGAGGAAUCAUUGGACAACAUAACUCUAUUCUCUAUCAUUACAAUCAUGUCCUUCAUCUUGUUGGCUCCGGUUACCUUUUUUACGGAGGGUGUUAAGGUCACUCCUGCAUAUAUGCAAUCCGCUGGGUUAAAUGUGAAACAGUUGUACAUUAGGUCAUUCAUUGCCGCACUUUGCUUCCAUGCCUAUCAGCAGGUUUCAUACAUGAUUCUGCAGAGGGUAUCCCCUGUUACCCAUUCAGUGGGCAAUUGUGUGAAGAGGGUGGUUGUGAUUGUGUCCUCUGUGUUUGUCUUCAGAACACCCGUUUCGCCUAUCAACUCUCUUGGCACAGGAAUAGCUUUGGCUGGAGUUUUCCUCUACUCAAGGGUGAAGCGUAUUAAGCCCAAGACUGCUUAAGAUUGAUCCUGUAAUACUGCCCGGCCCGGGCAGUUAAAGGUUUUGUCGGUUUUUUGAAGAAAAAAAAGGAUCUGGGAAUUUGAAAUUUAUCUUUUUUCUCUUGUAUGUUGCAAAAAAAUUUAAGUGACUGUUUUGUUGGUUGAGGUCUUAUUAAACAACAAUUUCUAUUAAGAUCAUAAUUGAUCAUUUUAAUCCUAUUAGAUCUCU